AUGAGCAACAGCAGCAGCAACUGCCUUGUGUCUCUGACGUUGUUUUACAGUUGCUUUGUCUGUCUGGCUGUCGUCAUGGUGACCCCGUGGCUGUACCCUCUCCCCGUCCUACUGCAGAUGGGGCUUUAUACUGCCCCCAUACUUUACGUCGGCAGUCAUUUGUCCCUCAAACAAAACGAAGUGGAUGCAACUACGGGAGAGAAACUUAAUAAGGGGGAGGCAAUGAAUAGAACGGAUGCCAUGCUGUUCCCUGUCUUCGGCUCAAUAGCCCUUUUUAGCUUGUACCUCGCGUACAAGUUCUUGGGCACCGUCUGGGUGAACAUGCUGCUUACACUUUACCUGACGGGUGUGGGCCUGCUGGCAUUGGGGGAGACAACCUUUGCAGUGGCUAAGCCGCUGUGUCCGCCACAUCUGGUGGAUGAUCGUUGGUUGGUCCUCCACCCCAGGGGGCCUUUCCUUUGGCUCCGUAAGUGGAUUAGCCUCCCCAUGGCGAAGAACGCAAUACCGCUCGAGCAAGACCAGCAGGAGGAGGAGCAGCAGCAAGAGCAGGAGCAGCCCAAGUUGGUUGUGGACUGGAGUUGGCGUUUCAGCCCUCUUUGGAUUAUCUCUCACUUCCUGGCCCUGGCCAUAUGUGCCUUAUGGCUCCUAACAAAGCAUUGGGCUCUACACAACCUUCUAGCCAUCGCCUUCUGCAUCCAGGCGAUAGCGCUAGUGAGCGUGGGUAGUUUUGGAGUGGCGAGCAUUUUGCUCUGCGGUCUGUUUGUGUACGACGUGGUUUGGGUGUUUGGGACGGAGGUGAUGGUGUCAGUGGCCAAGGCAUUUGAGGGCCCCGCUAAGCUGGUGUUCCCUGUCCAUAUGUCACCUCUGCAGUACAGCAUCCUUGGGCUGGGAGACGUCGUUAUCCCAGGAGUCUUGAUAGCCAUGUGCCUCCGCUUCGACUUGUUUUUGUACCACAAGCAGCAGAAUUCGGCAGCCCAGCCGCUUGCACGCUUUCCCAAGUUUUACUUCUGCGUGGUUCUUUCCUUCUAUGAACUGGGCCUUUUAACGACAGGCAUUGUUAUGCUCUACGCUCAGCAUCCACAGCCGGCGCUUCUCUAUCUCGUCCCAUAUUGCCUCUUUAGCCUCUUUGGAGCUGCAGCGCUCAACGGAAAAAUUAAGGACGUGCUCGCUUACAGGGAGGAAGAGGAGGGGGAAAAAAGCGUCCCCCGUUCGUCUGCCUCCGAGCAAACAGAAAAGAAGGAAAACUAG